UUUUGGGUCAUCCAGGACUAGGAGGAGGGCAGGAAAAUCGCAGGAGGACCCAUCUCUGUCCCCUGUCGUCAGCACUGUUCCUGGUCGUUCCAGUACACUUGAGAGACCCCCCCUCUCUCUCUCCAACCAUACCGUACGGCCGAGGAAAGAAAGAGAAAGGGGAGAAAGCAACGCGUUUCUGAUUCAUGUAACUCUUUAGUUUUUGUAGGUUUCUGGGUCCGACCAGUCCUCCUUCCGGCUCUUCUGAAGGACCGGCAUCCUACUCAUUAAAACCCCGCUAUCCGAAAAGGAAGGGGGAGAAAAAGAGAACCCAGCUUUUCCCCUCUUUAGCAGGCGGUUCUUCACUAAAAAAGAUGAGCCUACAACACGUAAAAACUGCCUUUAACCACUUCACUGCCUCGCAAGGCAUCGAAUUUCUGUUGCCUCCUCCUCAGAUGGUGAGUUUGGCAGUCGAGUUGGAGUCACUGAGGAGCAGGGCAGCCAAAAGGGCUUGUGGCGACGGUAGAGAAGGGCUCGUCUUGAAGAAGGGCUUGGAUUUGAAUGUGUGCGAGGAAGAGGCAGAGGCAGAGGCAGAGGAAGAGACAGAAACAGAAGAACAAGAGCAAGAAGAGGAGGGAGGAGCAGCAACUAAGGGCUCUGGUCCUGGAAGGAACAGCGGAAGAACCAAGGUCUGUGCAAGAGGGCAUUGGCGACCUUCUGAAGACGCCAAGCUCAAAGAGCUCGUCGCCAAGUACGGCCCUCAAAAUUGGAACUUGAUCGCAGAGAACUUCCAAGGAAGAUCAGGGAAAAGUUGCAGGCUAAGGUGGUUCAAUCAGCUCGACCCGAGGAUCAACAGGAAGCCCUUCAGCGAGGAAGAGGAAGAGAGGCUCUUGACUGCACACAAGCUGUGUGGCAAUAAAUGGGCCAUGAUCGCUCGGCUCUUCCCCGGCCGGACGGACAACGCCGUAAAGAACCACUGGCACGUGAUCGUCGCGAGGAAGCAGAGAGAGCAGUCCAACAACGCCCGCGGCCGGAGGAGGAACCAUAAGCUCCUCCCUCGCCUUCAGACCAGAGGGCUCAAUAACAUCGCGUCGGCGGCGAAGAUAAAUCGUGCGUGCAGCGACUCCACGACAGUCUCGAGCAACUUGAACGAGUCCGCCGUGUCGACGUGCACCGACCUCUCCCUCACUCCUUCUUCAGCCAGAGCACCGCCUCUUAUCUUCGCUCGGCCCUCGGAGUCCCGGAUGGGCUUGUCAGCUAUAAGGCCCGCAAGGUUCUGCAACAACACCGAGCAGGCGCCGAUAGUGAUGAUCAUAACAACAACAGUCCUAGGACACAAGGGACGGUCACCGUUGGCCAAGAAGCCGAUCACUGUGGAGCCUCGGACACGAACUCGGACGCCUCAGCAGCCGAGUUCAUGUGCAUUGGCAAUCGCGGGAACAAUCACAUGAGCCUCUCCCCAGUAUCUGUCGAAACCGAGGAGAGCGGGACUGAAGACGACAAGAUCGACUUGCCCUUCAUUGAUUUUCUUGGAGUUAACGCUGCCUGAGCCUGAGGCUGGUUCCUAGUUCUGACUGUGGUGCUUCGGUGCGCACAGAGAGAGAGAGAGAGACAGAGACAGAGACAGAGACAGAGGAAACUGGAAAAUGCACUUGAGUGCGAGUUAUAUUAUUGAUAGUUCAAAUCAAUUACUAGUUUACUGUAAUAGCGAGACUUUGAGUUACCAGCCACUGUCGUUUUCUGUCAGCACGUGUGUCACGGCAUAAGGAAAAAAGCCACAAAUUCGCCUUUGAGAUAGCCUUCAAAUCGAGGAAUGAACCCACGCCGAUGAUCUACGGCAUGGCCCUAUUACCGCAAGACCUUUGCAGUCAAUAUAGUUUAAGCCUUUACUAGCAA